UGCCGUGAUCGACUACCAUGAAUUCUCCGACAGAUGAUAAGAUGGUGUGCACCACGCCGACGGACCGAUCCGUCGUGGCAUCCGAGGACAAGCUGGAAUGGGAUAUUGAUGAGGAGCGAAGGGCCAAGAGGAAAAUCGACAUGACGGUGCUCCCUCUCCUCGUCUUGGGUCUACUCAUGUUCCAGCUCGACCGCAUGAACCUAGCCUCAGCACUUACAGCCGGCUUCGCGAAAGACAUCGACGUCAGUCAAGACACAAUCAAUCUGGGAAACCAGCUCAUGUUCAUGGGCACCGUCGUCUUGGAGAUUCCAUGUAAUCUACUCUUACAAAGGUUUGGCCCCCGCAAAUGGAUAUCCUUACAAGUCCUCCUCUUCGGCACCGUCGCCACGCUCCAAGUCCUCGUCAAGAACCGCGCAGGCUUCCUCGCGAUCCGUCUCAUGCUCGGCCUCGCCGAGGCCGGAUACAUACCCGGAUCAAUGUACACCCUGUCAAACUGGUACUCCAAACACGAGCUGGCCAAGCGCAUCGCCGUCUUCAUGUUUGGGCAGUUUGGCGGCAACGCCCUGAGUCCGCUCCUUGCUUCUGGGAUACUAAAGUUGGCGGGGAAAGGCGGAUUGACAGGCUGGCAGUGGCUUUUCUUAAUUGAGGGCCUGGCGACUCUAGUUGUUGCCAUGAUGCUCAUCUUCCUCCUGCCUGGAUCACCCGACACGCCGAAACCCCUGGGAAGUCCAGGCCUCAUUCGAUUUUCGACGAGACAACAAGAAAUUCUACGACAGAGAAUGCAAAUUGAGGAGCCUGGGAAAAGUGAUGGAGUACACGGUAUCGAGAUUCCCUGGGCACUCGUCUGGAAGACAGUCAAGCACUACAAGAGAUGGCCGCACUACGUUUCCACCUUUUGCGUCUUUUCGACGUGGUCGCCGCUGACGACGUAUACCCCUUCCAUCAUCAUGGCCCUCGGUUUCGACCGCAUCAGCGCAAACGCCCUAGCCGCGGUUGGCGCGUCUCUCGCCAUGGCUGUGGUCUUUGCCUUUGCCAUGCUGAGUGAUCGGUCCAAUAAGAGAGGAUCGACGGUACUGCUGGGACAUGUGUGCUACCUGACGAUACUCGUGGUGGCUCGGACCGUGCAUCCACACGUCGGGAAGUGGUCGAGAUGGGGGCUGUGGACGGCUAUCAACGCUUUUGCUGUGUGCUACCAUCCGGCGCAUAAUACCUGGCUGCAGGUCAACUGCCGUGAUCCCCGAGAGCGCAGCAUCGGCAUCGCCAUGUGGGUCAUGUCAGCCAUUAGUGGUUUGAUGGUGGGAUCUCAGUAUUUCAGGGGUAACGAUCUGCCUUUCUACGACAAAGGUCUUUUGACGAUGAUUAUUAUGGUCUCAAUCGGCAUGGCCUUUGCCUUGCUGCAGGAAGCUGUCUACUUGGUGCAUAACAGGCGCGUGGCGCAAGGCAAACACAGACCCAAGGACGGGUCUGAGCCUUACGUAUACGUCCUCUGAAGGAGUUUAUCGAGCAAUAUGUGGCGUUUGAAUCGCAAGAUGGGGAUUGUCAUGAUACGGUGGGAGAAGACGAGUACCAUAUUUUUAGAAGGCGUUUGGCGAGCUGUAUCUAGAGACAAGAAGCCGAAUAACGAUAGACUUACGGCUCAGCGUAUACCUGGUAGCCAUAUUAAGCCUGUGUCAUGAUGAUAUAAAGCAUUCUGCUUGACCAAAUUUCAAGCGAGAUGUGGGAGAAACCACAGCGGGCAUAGGCAGUCACUAGCAUGUCCAACGUAUUGUCCGUUGGGUUUAAAUGUGUUCCGGAAGAGAUGAAUGUAC